AUGGCCGACACCGAAGAACAGGCCGACUCCGCUUUAUCGUGGCCUUCUGACCUCUCCAAUCGGCCCAGUCCAGCAGCACCACCAUCCCCACUACCUGACAGCUCGCCUCCCAAGACAUCCUCGCCUAUUCGACCUCAGGAGGAAGAGGAGGAACCAAUCCCAUCGGAGCCAGCAGUCCCUUUCCUCGAUGUCUUCAAGCGCUCGGUCUACGACUUUGACUCUGAGGGAGCGAGUCCACCUGCAUCGCCAACGCCGUCUGGCCCACGUCGUCUGCCGGAGACUGCGCCAUCGCAAGCGGUCCAAAUCGCAUCCUCGUCAAACCUGCCGCGCUCUCACCUCCCCACCAUCAAUCCGCCUCCGCAUACACCUCAAAAGCCCAAACCCAAAUACAUACCUGAGCGCUAUAAAGGUCGUCCUCUUGUAGGCGCAGACAGUCAAGACUCGGGGUACUAUAAGACCUCGCCGCCGAUCGAUCUCGUACAGAAGGGCGCGCAGAAAAACCGCGACCACAACGAGGAGAAGCGUGCCGCUAAGGCGCAAGCUGAAGCUGAAGCUGCUGCCGCUCGAGCGGCCCUAGCCGCCAAAGCGAAAGAAGAGGCCAUCAACAAGGUUCUCGAUGCACUUGAUGAGCACGAUCUUACGUUCGGCGACAUCCUCGUGUACGUCUUUGGUGAUGGACGCGAUGCGCGCUGGCGGUGGAAGCAUGUCUAUAAAGACACUGCGGUGGUCAAUUCCACAAUCCUUGCGAUGGCAUCCAGAAAGAACCCACCUCAGGCUCGCCGGAAGGCGGAGGACGCGAUGGUGGACGUGGCGGCUCGUGUCCUGGACUAUGAGGCGGCAUCCAUCACAAAGAAGGGUGUCUUGAGGCCGCCUGCCCACGUCGACCAGGACUUCGUCUGCGGCUUUGAGCUUGAUGGGCUACCUGCGCGCCUCGAGCCGCAUUGUCCGUCCAUCGUGAAGGUCCUCCAUAGUAUCGCACAGACAAGGAGGCAAGAAGUCCAUUGCUCUCAGCGUAGACUAGAGCACAAGAAGUUUAUCACAGCAGCAUGCACGACCAUGCUGCUUGGCGAGCGCAGCCAGCACAACUCCUGGUUCCAACACGUCUUCGGAUUGUACCUCUACACGCAGGGUGCGAGUCGCCAGCUCAUCACGGUGCUGAAUCACAUGAGUGUGAGCGUCAGCUAUGCUACUUUGGCCGGACGUGGCGGCAAGAGCACUAUGGUCGGAGACGUACCUGAGCCGGCCGAGAUUGCGAGCCGCGCAGGCGUAGCUGGCGCGGAAGGGUCACGCAACCAAGACGGUGUACCAGUCCAACGUCGUGCGGGCCUCGGGACGCUAGAGAAGCUGUCUCUUGCGAUGCGUGAGGUUUCCCGCCAUGUCGCCGCAUCUCGCCCAUUCAUGGUUGUCUAUGACAAUAUCAACAUGAUGUGGCGGGUCGCGGAACAGAUAAUAGGACGACGGGAUUCCCUCGAAAGCGGGACAUGCGCGACUUUAGUGCCUCUCCACGACGCAGACCCUCGCCAUCUUGCAACGGCAGCCCUAGCGAAGCACGUCGAUGAAGCGCCAGAACUAAAUAUGGUUGAUGUGAGACUCACGCCGGACUACAAGUCGAAACUUCACGAAUACUUCGAAUUCACCGUCCUGCGCAUCAUUGUUCGCUUCGCGGGAGGGGAGAAGAUGAAGUCGCUCGGUGAACUCGUGCACAAGCAUCAGCCAUACACGGACGCGCGGAUUCCCACUCAUCUGUCCGAAGUUCACCCUCUCCCUGCCGAGCCCAUCGACGAGAGCACCAAGAAAGGCAACGCAGACGUGAUCACGGCCUUCAUGGAGGAGCUUGGACAGCCUAUCCAGGCCAACAACUUCGCCGACAUGGUACGGUUGAUUGCGGGAGAUCAGCUUUCUGUCGCAAGAUCGCGGGAGGUCGCCGCUGCUCGAGCGGGGAACGAAGGAGGCGCCCCUUCGUUGCGGUGGGCGCUAUUCAUGCCAGGUCUCUUCCACUACAAGAUGGCUGCUACGAGUGGGCUUCUGUUAGCACACCUGGGAAAGAAGAAUCGCGACUUGACGAACCCCGCAUCCCUGCACGCCCACAAUACCAUCCUCCGUCGCAAGCCCAUCAUUGUCACGUCUCUUCCUCCCUUCCGGACCGGUCGUGAUCUCAUCUUCGUCUCGCUGUACGCGCGAAUCCUGCACUGCCUGCUCCUCGUCUCCGGCAAGCAAUCGCUAGCGGACUAUGUCAACGACCCAAACCUGGACUGGACCAUGUUGAGGUCACAUGCUCAGGAAAUCGUGCGCCGCUUCGCCGAUCCUGACGUGGCGAGUACUUACCGUCGAGCACGCGACCGUCACGGAGCGGGCGAAGGCGACAUGGUUUUCGAGAACGCCGUCUUGUUCAUGCGGGAUGCUCUGCUGCUUCGUGAGUUCACCGACGCGAUCAAGGCAGGGGACUCGGGCCGAAUCGUGCACAUACUGGAAAGCUAUGUUCACGUAUACCGCGCUCAAGGGCGACAUAAGUACGCGCAUGAGACAUUGCAUCUACUGCACAACCUCAAGCACGUCUGGCCGAAAGAAGUUCGCGACAUCGUACUACGUAACUGGCUUGUGAACACGACGAACCGCCCGAAUGCGUUCCUUGAGGUCGAUUUAUUGCAAGAGCACCUGAACUACUGGAUAAAGAACUUCUUCCAAGCACACGGCAGUAACGCUUCGUGGGCUUGGCUAGCCACCAUCUCGCCGUGCAUCCAGAUCCUGCGCUCAUUAGCGAACCAAGUCCACAAAGCGCUGGGCGGGAAGCAGGGUUCGCGGCAUGCGGAGCCAGACCUGACCAACGACAUCGCGGAGCUCAUGGACAGCCUGAGCCAGCAUCAGGUCUACACGCCGUGCAAGGGUCGCCAGUUCGACGAGGACGACGAGUCGAGUCUAGUUGCCGAGUCGGUCAUCACAGGAAUGAACAUGCUGACUGCAGGCGGUAAGAAGUCACCCCUCGAGAACUACAACGCUGCCUUCCGUACCUUGCAGAGCAGCUAUCGCAUACGGCCUCUGGUUGGUGGUGCGAAAGAAGCCGGUGCAUCACAGCCACGCGCCGGAGAUCCUCCCUCCGCCGCGCAGGCUCCCGAUGCUGAUGAAGACAUGGAGGACGGCAUGGCUGUGACCGAGGACGAGGACGAGGGCGCGUCUGUCGACGGGGAUGAAGCCCAGUCUGAACCGCCCGAGCUCGCCAUCAACGAAGACGACGUCGCUCUGUACGAUGAUGACGGCCUUUCUGACCGUGAUGCUGAAGGAGAAACCGAUCUCGACGAGCUCUCCAACGCAGACAGUGAUGUCGAGAGUUGUGAUGAGGAGGACGAUGCGCCUGGUUUCGACGACGUCGACGACGCAAUGGCAGCUACUGAUGUACUUCACGCGCUUUAAGCACCAUUCAUCAAUGUAUAUUCCGACGCGUAUCAACAGGAGGAUGCUCAGUGCGGGGG